CUUAGAAUAAAUCUUGUUGAUCGAAUCCCUUGAUUGUAUCAAUUAUUGAAAUCUUUUGUAAUUUCUGUCAUGAACUCAACUACCCAAAUAAAGAAUCCUAAUAAAGGAAUUUAUGUUAAUUGUAGAAUGAGUCAAGAAACCGCACACGGACAAGGCAGCAAUGAACACGUAAGUGUUCACACUGAAGCAUCUAGCUUCACCCCUCCUAUCCAAAACGAGCCUAUCAACCAAGAGGAUGUUCUGAGGAACAAUGCGAAUGCUGGUGGUCAACCUGACUACACAAUUCCUGUUUUCUUGGCAAACUUGGUUCAACAAGUGGCCAAUGCUCCAAUGUUUCCACCACAACCGCCGCCGCCACCGCGUGUGAUCACUUUCAAAUUUCUGAAAGAUAAUGGAGCAGAAGAGUUUCUGGGCGAUCGAAUCACCGAACCUCAAGUUGCUUGGAAUUGGAUUGAACAAACCGCUAGAGUGUUGAGAGAUCUAAACGUACCUCUCAACGACUACCCAAGGUUCGUAGCACAGUUACUUCGUGGAGAAGCCUACGAAUGGUGGAAACGCACCGAUGAGAGCAAUGAAACCCCGAAGCCAUGGACGUGGGAGUUCUUCAACUGGGCUUUCAAGAAAGAGUAUAUCCCAGCACGUUUCCGUGAAGAGAAACGUACCGAAUUUGUGGAGUUACGACAAGGAGAUAUGACGCUUCCCAAAUAUCGCCAAAAGUUUGUCAGUAUGGCCAAAUUUGCACUGACGUUAGUAAGCACCAUGACUGACCGUAUUGAGGAAUUCAGGUCAAAACUCCGACCUGAUCUCAGGGCUCAAGUAUCUGUCAUACCAACGGUGGACUUCACGGAAGCCUAUGAUCUAAUUGCUAAAGUAGACAAGGAUCUGAAUGCUUGUAAGGAGUACUUGAAGAAAGAAGGUGCUAACAGAAGUGAACACCGACCCACAAAUUCUGUCCCGAGUGGGAAAAGACCAUUUCAAGGACCCAGUAGCUCACACUACUUUAAGAAGGGGAAAUCUGUACAAAACCAAUCAGUGGUGUCUGGCAACAAGUCAAGGGGAUGGAAAAAUCCAAUGUGUAAUAUGUGUGGGAGACACCAUCCUUGGGAGUGUUGGCUUGCUUAAGGAUUAUGUCUGGGUUGUGGAAAACCUGGACAUUUCCGAAAAAACUGUCCCACAAAUCCUGGAGAGCCAUUUCCACCUGCCUCUAUUGCUAGUCAGGCGGCAUCAACACAUCCCGCACCCAGUCAACACUCGACUACAGGAUCUAAUCCUGUUAAAAAUCAAAACCAACAACAAGGACAAGCGCCUUCCCGUACAUAUUCCAUGAAGGGACGCACUAAAGAUAACCCUGACGU